AUGUCCGCUCCCCUCGUAUCCUUCAAGAAGGCGCCCCGUCGGCCAAAUACCACUCGCAAACGCUCCACAUCCCCCUCCCUCGAUACUGAAGGCCCCUCCACCUCCGUCGUCCGUCCCACCAAAAAGUCCCUCAUCAACCCCCUCAUCCAAGGCACCAAGCGUCGGCGGGACGUGGAUGACUCGGAAGGUCCCGGUGGACUCGAAGAGCUCGACUACCGGGCGGACGACUCGUCUCUCUCAAAAGGGGACACCUACGCCACGCGUGCAAGCGACUGGGACCUGGAAUCGGCCCCUCCGCCCGAAAAGCGUUCCACGACAGACCGGGUCCGGCUGAACGAAGAUGGCGAUAUAGACGAUGGGCUAUAUCGCGGUCUGAACGGCUAUCUCCCCACCAUCAACAAAACGCGGGAACAGACCGAUUCUAAGAUGAAGACGGCGCCAAUACGGGCUACGGCGAAUAUCCGGACCAUCACGCUGGUAGAUUACCAGCCGGAUGUGUGCAAGGAUUACAAGGAGACGGGGUUCUGUGGGUAUGGGGAUUCGUGCAAGUUUAUGCAUGACAGAGGGGAUUAUUUGGCGGGAUGGCAGAUGGAUAAGGUGGAUAUGGGGCAGCAACAGCAGGCGGUAGAGGAUGAAGAGGAGGAGGUACCGUUUGCGUGCUUGAUUUGCAGAAAGCCGUUCACGGAGCCGGUGGUCACCAAGUGUGGGCACUACUUUUGCAUGAAUUGCGCAGUCACGCGGUUCAUCAAAUCCCCUAAAUGCUACGCAUGUGGGGCAGCCACGAACGGUACCUUCUCCAAGGCCGAGAAGAUUCUGGCGAAGAUGGAGGCGAAGAAUAAGAGGAAGAGGGAAGCGAGGGAGGGAAGCGGGGAGGAAGGCGGAGAGGGAGAUGGGGGAAUCGUUUUCGGCGGUGAAGGCGGGGAUGGGAGCGAUGAGGAGGGAGGGGCACAAGAGGAGGGGAGUGACGACGAAUAG